GUCCCCGCCAUAUUGUGAGUGGCCUUGCAGCCGUGGGAAGCCUCGAGAAGAGCACUUCGCGCUAAUAUUUUAAACUUUUUCGAGCAAGAUGCCUCAUUCGUGUGCUGCGCUGGAUUGUACAAAGCGCUGUACGGUCCAGACCAGAACCUCGGGCGUCACCUUUCACAGGUUCCCAAAAGAAACAAACCUGAGAAAACGAUGGGUGAAAGCCAUCAGGAGGAAGGGCUUCUCUCCCAACACAUCCACCAGGCUCUGCAGUGAACACUUCAAACAGGAGGACUUUGACAGGACGGGACAGACUGUCCGACUCAGAGAGGGAGUUGUUCCUUCAAUCUUCAGUUUUUCGACCCCUCCAAAAAAGCGACGGGCAGCUAAAACAACCAAGGCUUUACCCAAGAAAGCAGAGAGCCAGGAAGUGGCGAGUGCCCCGCCUCCUCCACCAAAACAAGAACCUCCACCCUGUCCUGAUUUAGACCACUCCUAUGCACUGCCUCCAUCUUUGGGCGAUCUGAAGGUAAAACUCUGCGAGGCGUUGGAAAGAGUCGAGAGUCUGGAAAGAGAAAUGAGGAACGCCAAGGAUCGGGAACGGAGAGCAAAGAAUGCGUUGCACGUUCUGGUGGAGGAUCUGAAGGGGAAGAACCUGAUAAACGAAGAACUAAAACAAAGGCUUGAGUUAUCAUGAGAUGUCAUGACAAUAUGGACUUGGUGAACAUUAAUUUAGGUGUAAUACACCUUGAUAAUUCUCAUCUGACUUUAUAGUUAUUAUUUUAAAUGAUUCAGUAUUAUUUUAAGCUUUAAUUUAUAUAUAUAGAAAAAAAACUUGCCUGUCGUGGAGUUCAUCACUGAUACCCAGCUGCUGAUGAUGCUGGAGCAUUUUCCAUAUCAGUGAUGCUUCUCCUCCCAGGAUGGUACCCAGGACAGCUUGGAGCGCCACUUCAGUUCAAUGAGGCAUCAGGGGGUUGAUGAAACAACCAGUCUGGUUUGGUAUCUCUCCAAGCAAAUCUGGAAAACUAAAAGCACAGCACAAGACAGUCUCCCUUCCUUACUCGGCUAUCGCCUACUCCAUCAGCAGAAGAACAGUUUCCACCACUUUCCUUCAACAUUUCUGUUGUCUUUCAUUUGCAACUUGGUGCUUGAUUUGUUUUUUGUUCUGUUCAGAAGAAUUGUGUUCACCUCAACCAGCAAAUCUGAGAGGAAUCACAUUUUUGGUACUGACAUGCAUAUAAACCAUGGUGUUGUCUUUUCAUUAUAGUUUUUACUGAUGUCCUUGGUUGUCUCUCUUUCACCACAAUGCCAAACUAAACAUUCUUCAAGUUUAUGGUGGACAUGCAAAACACUGAAAGACCUUUCUGCUGCAAGAGUUUAGUGGAGAUGCUGUAGAUCUCUGGAGUUUUUUGUGAUGCUGGAAGUGAGGCCUUAGCAGCACAAAACACAAGUUUUGGCAAACAAAAGGAUUUUUAAUAAAUUUUUUGAUUUUUGA